ACCACGUGGUUUGUGGUGGGGGGUGGGGUUGUCCCCACAACCCACGUGGCCUCCUUGAACCCAGUACAGUGGCUGUCAGGGCUGCAGUAGUUCACGUCUCCCGCUCUUCGUGCUGCCAGCUCGCUGAUCGUGACCACAGUCACGGGCUCCAGAGGCGUCGGGCGUGACCACGAUGGCCGAGGGAGGAGGUGACCCGGGCCGACCCAGCCGCAUUAGCGACCUCCCGGGGCUGCUGAGGCUCGCGGUGGAGGCGGGGAGCGAGGAGGAUGCGGCGCCGGGCCCGCAGGGUCCCCUGCCGAUGUCCAUUGAGAGGAGGCAGUGGCUGCAGGAGGCACUGUCGGUGUCCAUGAGCAGCGCUCAGGACGACGUUCAGCUCAUGAAGCAGGCCCUCGACAUCCUGCGGGCCGGGCCGGGGGGCCAUUCAGAGGCCCACCCUGGGCCGUCGCCGCUGCCGCCGCCGGAACCCGACGCGGAGGCCCCGGAGGAUCUGCCGGAGGUGACGACGCGGCUGAUUAACGCGCUGGACGCUCUGCUUGACGUCACCGACAACAUCGACAACGCUCAGGACUUCUGCAAGCUGGGCGGCAUGGCGCUGGUGGUGCAGCGCUACCUGGACCGGACAUGCGCCGAGCUGCGGUGGCGCGCCGCCGAGCUGGUGGCGACGUGCGCGCAGAACGCGCCGCGCGUCCAGGAGGCGGCGCUGGAGCUCGGGGCGCUGCCGCGGCUGCUGCGCCGCGCCGACGCCGACGCCGACACGCGCGUGCGCGUCAAGGCGCUGCUCGCCGUCUCGUGCCUGGUGCGCGAGCAGCCGCUGGGUCGCCUCGCGUUGGCGCAGGGAGACGGCUUCUCGGUGCUGCUGCGAGCCAUGCAGGACCCCGGCGAGAGGCCGCGGGCCAAGGCCGCCUUCCUCCUCCACAGCCUUCUCAUGGCCGCACCGAGAACCACGGUGGAGCUGUGCGCGAUGGGCAUGGUGCAGCAGUUGGUCGCCCUGCUGCAUGCCCCCCAUGAACCCUUCCACGAGCAUGUGCUCGGAGCACUGUUCAGCCUGGUGUCGGGGCACGGAGCGGCGCUGCGCGAGAGCCGUGCGGCCGAGCUGCGCCUGCGGGAGACGCUGCUGGAGAGGAUCGGCCUCCUGGAAGGCUCCGAGCAGCACCUGGAGGCACUGGAAUUUUGCCGGACGCUGCUGCAGCUCACGGAGGCGCCGGGUGAGGAGGUGGCGAUGGACCGGUGACGCCGGCGGCGGUGGCGGCGGCGACGACCGGGGAAACGCUCCCCGCGAUCCUCCCAUGAAAUGGGCGCCGAGUUCGCGACCGCGUCUUAACGCCGCGCGUCUCCACGCACGCCACUCCCUCUUUGCCCGGUGCCGCGCGCGGGCGGUGGGCCAGGUUUCUUAACCC